CAUCGUGUAUCUUCCGCCUCAAUACGAUCUCAUCAAGAUGCCCAGGCCUGUACCCGAGAACUCCUGCACGACCUGCCGCCAACGUAAGAUCAGAUGUGAUGGAACAUUGCCAAAGUGUCAGAACUGCCUCAGAUCAAAACGACAGUGUACAAAAUCACGUGAAGUGACUUCGAAAUUCAUCAUUCAUACCACCAACCCAGAACUGCAGAGUUCUCUUUUCGAACGCCAAGAAAAGCAUCCAACGCCAGAAGCGCCUCGCGAUGAGCCAGACCUACGAAGAGCUCAAUCAACUGUCUCUCACCCACCAUCUAUUGCUCUAGAAGAUCCUACACUCGCUACUCUAUUUCGUCACUACAUUGAUGUUCUAGCACCUUGGUACGAUCUCAACGAUGCUCAAAGAUUGUUCUCAAUAUUAGUUCCAUUGCGUGCUUUGAACAAUUCCGUUGUAUUCAAAGCUCUCAUAGCAUUCUCGGCAUGUCAUAUGAAUAGAACAACAGGAAACCUCCAGCACUUCGGCUGUGUCUAUCACGCUUCCUGCGUCGAAGAACUUCUAGAUGCUUUGAAUGAUAGCUCUCCCGAGAGCCAAGAAGAUUUCCUCGCAGCUACAUGUCUUCUGAGAUCAUAUGAGAUCUUGAAUGGCGAUAUGAGACGACAUCAAGACCAUUUGCUUGGAGCGUAUUCAUUUGCCACGAAUCGACCAAUCGACUUGACCAUUCAAGGUCUCGCUCAAGCAGGGACCUGGAACUAUCUCCGCGAAGAAAUUACAGUGGCACUCGAAUCUCGAAGACCGGUACGGUUCAGUGCCGGAUUUCAUUUCAUUCCUGAGCCGGCCAUGUCAGAUGACAAAUGUGCGAAUGCCAUCACUUUCAUCCUAGCGAAGACGAUCAAUCUUUGUUUCGCCGAUGCUAGUACUGAAGAUUCAACGAAUCGGAGAGAGCCCUGGGAUGAGAUCGUAGGUGAGGUCUCGUCUUGGCGUCAAAACUUACCCGUUUCUUUCCGACCUUUCUCGGCUGCUCCAAAGCCUGGAAAUGUGUUUCCGUCGAUAUGGUUCCUUCAACCUUGGCAUGUUGCUUCCGAACAAUACUAUUCUGUGACGGAAAUUCUUCUAUCGUCCUGCCAUUCGUCUUCCACCUCAUCCAUACCAUUCCAGGCAGAUCAAAACCGCGAGCGUGUCGUCUUCCAUGCUCUCCAAAUCUGUGGUUUAGCAUACACCAACGACGAUGUAUCUGCGAGAGUCAACGCAUUUGGACCUCUUGCGUUCUGUGGUCGAUACUUGACCGAAACAAUACACCGACAUGGAUUGCUGCGUAUGCUAAAUGAGUUCAGCAAGCCUACUGGGUGGCCUGUUGCUCCCAUAAUCGAAGAUCUGCAAGAACAUUGGGCAGAAAUAGACAAAUCAUUGACGACCGUCACGAACACUUGACGAAAUGAGGCCGGUCCAUCUUCCAAUUGCAAA